AUGGCCAUCGGGCGCCAUGUUGUCAUCGCUGCUGGAAUGCUGUCGGACUUAGGUGGCCUCUUAGUGACAGGUUCACCAACCAUUAAGGUUAAAGAUGGAAUUAGUCCUUACGUAAUUAGAGUGACAGGUUUUAUGAAAGGACUUUACACGGAUUUUGAAUUGAAAUCAGAUAACGUUAAGGAUAAAGAUGCCAAAAUCAGCUUCCUUCAGAAGGCAAUUGAUGCUGUUGUAAUGGUAACAGGAGAGCCCCUGUCAGUAAAGCCAGCGCGUGUUGUGGCUGGACACGAACCUGAAAAAACCAAUGAAUUUCUUCAAGCAAUUGGGAAGUGUUGCUUAAAUAAGCUGUCCAGUGAUGCUGCUGUAAAAACGAUCUUAGCUGGGGAAAGAGCUGAUGCUAAAGGGAAACCUCCAUCCUCUAAAUCUCGAGAUAAAGAAAGCAGAGAAUCCAAAACAGAACAAAAAAGCCAUAGAGAUAAAGAGGGUAGAGGAGACACUGAAAUUAAAGACAGAAGCUCAAGCAGAGACAGAAAACCCAAAGGAGGUUUGAAAGAGAGCGAAGAAAGAGAAAAGGAAAGUGAUAAACAGAAGGGUAAUGAAGACAGGCACAAAGACCCUGGAAGAAACACCUUUAAGGAAGGAGAAAAACAAGAAAGGGAGAGAAACAAAAGCAAAACCACCAAGCAAGGAAGAGAAACAGAAAAAUAUAAGGGAAAAGGAGACAUAGAACGAGAAGGUGAUCUCGAGCGUGAUAAAGGGCAGGAAAGAGAGAAAAAAAAUGAAGGAGGAAGAGAAAAGGACAGACUGAAAGGAAGAGACAAAGAUAAGGCUAGGGACAGAGAACGAGAGAAAGAUGUUGAUAGAGGAAAAGACGGGGAAAGGGAUAGACAAAGGGACAGAGAAAAGGAUGGAGAGCAUUUAAAAGAACAUGGAAAGGGUAAAGCAGAGAAAAAGAGUGAAAGCCCUGCAGGAAUAUCAAGGCAGCCUUCAACAAAAGGAUCGAGGCAACGCGCCAAACCCGGAGGAGAAGGAACUGUGGAAAUGAAGAGUGUGGCAGAUAGGAUUUCAGAGGACAGUGUUGCUAAACUGCAAGAGAAAGCUGAUCCAGGACUUGCAGUAAAACAGACAGAAAGAGAAGCAGAGACUGUGGCUCCUGAAAAGCCUGCAGUAUCUGAAAAUGGUGAGGUACCCAAUGAUCUUCCACUUCAGCCCAUCCAAAGACGUAUUCCCCGUUCUGGCAGUGCAAGGCCAGCACCGCCCCGAGUGAAACGUCAAGAGAGCGCAGAGGUCUUACUUCCAGAAAGGAAUGGUAGUGGUAAAACAGUCUCAAAUGUGAUCAUAGACCAGCAGAUUUCUGAUGAUGAUGAUGACCAGUUUGUGGUGGAGGCAGCACUGCCGCGUCCAGAAAUGCCAGAUAUGGAAACGGACCCAGAAGUGGAGCUGGUUGAGGAUCAAAAGCAUGGUGGGCUUGUGAAAAGAAUCCUAGAAACAAAGAAAGAUUAUGAGGCAUCACAGAAAUCAUCAAAGACGACAGACAGGGAGAAGCCCUUUGUGUCAGAAGCAGCUAGGAAGAAAGAGAGAGACUUGGUAGCCAAAGAAAUUGAGAAGUUUCAGGUCUCUAUUCAGACUCUGUGCCGGAGUGCCCUUACGCUUGGCAGGAUCAUGGAUUACAUUCAAGAAGACAUGGAUGCCAUGAAGAACGAGUUGCAGAUGUGGCGGCAUGAGAACAGACAACAUGCAGAAGCUCUACAGAAAGAGCAAAGCAUCACAGACAGUGCUGUAGAACCGUUAAAAGCUGAUCUGGCAGAACUGGAACAGUUGAUUAAAGACCAGCAAGACAAGAUCUGUGCUGUAAAAGCUAAUAUUUUGAAGAACGAAGGAAAAAUCCGGAGGAUGGUUCUUAGCAUAAACCUCUCUUCAAGAAGGUGAAGAGAAGGGGAAAAGAGAGAAGAAAAAAAAAAAAAGCAAGCCUUGGGACUGACUGACAUUCCUACCAAAUAAAAAC